UUUCAAGGACUUUCCAUAGAGGUUUCAGAUCAUUCAUUCAUCUUUCUAUAUAUACAUAUGACAUUACCCAUUCUUUCUAUCAUCAACCAACAAAUUACAAGCAAUAGUCCAAUAACUUUAAAUCUUUUCAUACAUUUUCAGAAGCUUCAAAAGAAUUCAAUCUUUCACAUAAAAGAACUAGAAAUGGCUUUUGUGAGAAGUUUAUUGGGUGCAAAGAAGAUUCUUGGCCGAUCCAUAACAGCAACAGCUUCUACAAGCAAAAGAGCAACCAUGGCGGCACCAAAAGGGUUUCUUGCGGUGUACGUGGGGGAGAGUCAGAAGAAGAGAUAUGUGGUGCCAAUCUCAUACUUGAGCCAGCCUUCGUUUCAAGCUCUUCUCACUAAAUCAGAAGAAGAGUUUGGGUUCGAUCAUCCAAUGGGUGGCUUAGCGAUCCUUUGUCCUGAGGAUACUUUCAUCAAUGUGACUUCUCGGCUUCAUUGAUGUUUAUCCACCAUUUUAUUCUUAGGAUUAGAGUUAGACUUGUUCAUUGUAUAUAGAUAAUUUUUUUUAACAUUACGUAGAUCGAAUUCUGUUUAUAAAUUGAAUUC